CUCUGUGCAUAGUAAGCGCUUAACAAGUACCAACAUUAUUAAGCGCUUAACAAAUACCGUGAUGAUCAUGAUUACUAUGAGGCCCUUCGGGCCUCGGUGACAUCACAGUGACGUCAUCGGGCCUAAGCGUCCCUCCUCACCACCCGUCGGAGUGGCCGAGCCGGAGGUUUGGCGUCCCAUGAUCCCCCGGGGUCUCAGGUGCCGAGGCGGCGGACUACAUUUCCCACAAGGCCCCGCGACGGGGCCGCCAUUUGGCAGGCGCGCUGGCCAAUGGGGCCCCGCGCCGCCGCCGCCCCGUGGGCCGCUGGGAGAUGUAGUUCGGGGCGGCCCGGUCGGUUCCAGUCCGGCGUCGGCGAGGGCCAUGUGGUGGCCCCCGCCCCGGGGCCCGGAGGCGCAGGGGAUCCGGCGGGGGGCGGCGGCCCGGGGCUCCCCAGGGCUUGACCUCUGACCUCGGGAGCUCCCCCUCGGGGCGGGGGCGGGGGAUGUCCGGGCCCCCCGAAGCCCCUUGGGGCGCCCCCCAGGCCGGUCCCCCUUCGGCCGGUCCCCCCCCGGCCGGUCCCCCCCCGGCCGGUCCCGUGUACCACGAGCGGCAGCGCCGGGAGCUCUGCGCCGUCCACGCCCUCAACAACGUCCUGCAGCAGCGCCUCUUCACCCAGGAGGCCGCCGAUGACAUCUGCAAGCGCCUGGCCCCCGACUCCAGGCUGAACCCACACCGCAGCCUUCUGGGCACCGGGAACUACGAUGUCAACGUGAUCAUGGCCGCUCUGCAGGGCCUGGGCCUGGCGGCCGUGUGGUGGGAUCGCCGCAGGCCUCUGUCCCAGCUGUGCCUGGACCACGUCCAAGGCCUGAUCGUGAACCUGCCGUCUCCGGUCUCCCUGGGGCUCGUCUCACUGCCCCUGCGCCGCCGACACUGGGUGGCCCUGAGGCAGGUGGACGGCACCUACUACAACCUGGACUCCAAGCUGCCCGCUCCCGCCGCCCUGGGAGGGGAAGGGGAGCUCCGGUCGUUCCUCCAGGACUUGCUGGCCCAGGGCCCCUGUGAGGUUCUUCUCGUGGUGACCAGAGAGGUGGAAGAGUCCGGGAGCUGGCUGCAGGCUGACUGACCCCGCUGCCCGCGUGGUCUCCGAUGAUUCCGCCUGGGGGAUGGCGGGGGGCUGGAGAGUAGGGACCCCGGCUCGGGCUGUGUUUACAGGAAGCCCCCGGGGAAGGGGCUGAACCUCGUCUCAGGGAGGGAGAGCUUCCGAGGGCUGCUGGGGUGCCUGAAGAGGAGGGGCCGAGCCCCGUCUCAGGGAGGGGGGAAGGGGCCCCGGGGAGUGGUGGGGUCCCUGUCUAGGAAGGGCCAAGCACCCCCACCCUGGGGGAUUGAAUCUGCCAAGUGUUGAGAUGCAUCUCUCUGUGUAUAUGUGCUCUCUAUCUCUGACUCUCUGCGUUGGUUUCUCUCCAUCUCCAUCUUUAUCUCCGUCUCUCCCUAACUCUCCUCAUCUCUCCAUAAUUUUCCUCUCCCUAUCUCUUGCUCUGUCUGCGGCCCGGACAGGUUCCCGGUGCCGGGAAGCGAAUGUUCUCCAACUGGAGACCCGGUGGUAGCUGGGACCGAGAGGGAGUGGGGAAGACUGGACCCGGGUUGUGUUUGUUCCCGCCCCGAGGCCUCUGCACUGUUCUAACGGGCUGUGGCACUGACUCUGACCUCUGACCCUCCCCUCCCACGCCCCCCCCACGGCCGCCUGCUGCCUCAAUAAACUGCUGCGUUGGCUUGCAA